AACAACCAUCUGGUUGCAUACCUUUAAAUGGAAUAGUAUCCCACUUUUUCAAAUUAUAUUCCAUCUUUUCGUAGCUAAUAUCUUCGUUGCUGUCGAAGGCAGUCGGGAUGGGAGGAUAAAUGCCUCGCAGAUUAAGCUUCUGUUGCGUCGACAUGGUGCGGAGAAUGACUCUAAAUCCGUCUGAUUUUGGACUAAGUUUGCCCAAAUAAGCUUUUACGAAGGGCCGCAAGGACAGUGAAGAGAAUGGGUUUAAUUUCACCGCCAUUCAAUUAGUGUUGUUUUGCAAAGCCCUGCAACGUCCCUGGAAGUGUCUUAUUUUACUUCCGGAAAAAGCUCCGAAGAAUAUUUUUCGAUGUGCAUUUGUAUGAUAGCCUUUGGUAAUUGAAAGAUUAAGAAAUAGCUGGAAGAAUACCUGAUUCAUUCCUUAUUUUUAUACAUUAUCUGAUUUGCUAACAAUUUGAGAAAUUGUUGAAGAGUAACAUUUCUUCAAGUCACUCGCGGAAGGAUACAAGGUAGACAGUUAAGGCCGACAUAAAGGCAUUCCGCGAAGUCGUGUUUACGUGUUGGCACGAAAUAUGAAACUUUGAAGGUUCCCUCUCUGUUGCUCAUGAUAUUACAUGGUGAAAUAGUGGUACAUUUCCUAAGAUGGAAAAACAACCGUUACAGCAGAAGAAAAGCCCACUAAAAAAAGAUGACCACAACCGUCAAAACGAAAGUAAUUCCACAGGUGUAGCUAUUCCUGGAGAUCAGACCUCCACACAUAUAGAAGAAAAAAAUUCACCAGCAGAAGAAAGUGGUCUUAAUGUUUUACACACAAGUGCAGAGAAUAUCACACCAACUAGUAACAGUUCCAUAGUGACAGUAUUAUCUGACCUUGGCACCACAGACCUCAACUUUGAGGUACCCACAGAGGUUUUACAGACAGCUCAACUCUUGACAGAGUUUUCCUCCCAACCAGCUGCUGCCUCAAGUGAUUUGCAAGAUCAUAUACAGUUUACUAACAGUGCUUAUCAACAUGAACCUAAUCAAACUGUGGAGUCACUAUUACAGUCUCACUCAAAGCAGGUGGUCAUAGUGAAUCCUGGUAGAAGUUCAGUCGAGACCACUACAGGCAUUGCCACUGAGAGCAAUUCCCUGAAUGAUGCAAAUAGGCAAACAGUGUUCAUAAUCAAUAAUGAUGGUACAAUGUCAACAGCCCGUAGGUGGGGGACUUAUCUGUGUGAAAGCAAUGGUGAAAGUAGCACAGAGAAUGAUGCCUUACCACAACCUAAUGUGGUAGUUGUGACCAACCCUGGUGCUGAGCAACACAAUGCUGAUGGAACACCCACUACAGCCACCACCACCACCUCCAUACAACAGAACUUCUCCAACCUCACUAAAUUGCUGGUCCCAGUUGAUUCUGUAGUUCUUAGGAAUAUUGCACCAAAGUCAGAAAGUAAUGAGGAGGAUAGCAUUGCCCAUCAAGUUGAUCAAGCAAAUCAUAUAACAGAUGGAAAUGUAAAGGAGCUAGUUCAGGUCUCAGACCCUCAUCUUCUUCCCCCACCCCCAGGACCAAUAUUGUUUCAGGUUAUGAAAGAUGAUGGGACUGUCCAAAGUGUUAAUAUCAAUCCGGUUGAUCAGCUACAGGAACAAACAGAGAGCUCAGCAACAGCAGCAGAUCCUGGGGGUCAAAUAGUUUAUGAGCCAAAGAAGCCAUUUAAGUGUGAACUCUGUAGUGCCUCUUUUACUUUACUUGGGAAUCUGAACAGGCAUAGGAUGAUUCAUUCUAUUAAUGCCAAGGAAGAAUGUCGUUUCAAGUGCAACGAGUGUGGCCGCUUUUUUCUGCAGCGUUGUGACUUGAUAAGACACACAGAUAUCCACAAUAAGACUGAACCAUACAAGUGUGAGAUAUGUGGAAAAGGCUACAUAAGACGCAGUGACCUGGUUGUACAUACACGCUUUCACAAGAGAGAGAAGCAUUGCCAGUGCACUUAUUGUGGCAAGACUUAUUACCAAUCAGGAGACCUUAAUCGGCAUAUACGCAGUGUACAUCUGCAGUAUAAAAUGUUGACUUGUGGACAUUGUAAGAAAAAGUUUACCAAAGAGGCCACUCUUAUGAGACACAUGCAGGCUAACCAUAGAGACAUAAUACUGCAAUCAGUGGACCAAUUAUCAACCCAGACAGACAGAAGUGAGCAUGAAAAUUCAGUCUCUGAGCCAGAUGACUGCCCUAUUACAGAAGACACAGACGCACAAUCAAAAAUGGAACAGAGUAGUCAGUGACUGAUGAGCAACAGGAGCUGACA